UGGAUUAGUGUUGUGUUCCAAUAAUACUCCUUAAACCUCUUGGUGACGCGGAGGUUUGGAACCGGAACUGAAACUGAAACGCCGUAACGAAAAAUCAAUCUCCCUGAAACAAGAAAAUCGCCGUAGUUUGUGUUACGUCGGACGAAGAAGAACAAAUGGAUCCCGACAGGUUGAAUUCUCCAAGCACCUGUACUGUUACCAUUGAGGUGUUGGGCAACGAAUUAAACUUUGCUCAGGAUCCAAAUUCGAAGCAUUUAGGAACCACCGUGUGGGAUGCGUCCAUGGUGUUUGCCAAAUAUCUGGGGAAAAAUUGCAGGAAGGGGAGGUUUAGUCCGUCCAAACUGAAAGGAAAGCGUGUUAUUGAGCUAGGAGCAGGUUGCGGCGUUGCAGGAUUUGCUUUGGCGAUGCUCGGGUGUGAUGUGGUUACAACUGAUCAAAAGGAGGUAUUACUACUGCUUAAGAGGAAUGUAGAAUGGAAUACCUCCAAAAUCUUGCAAAUGAAUCCUGGUUCAGCAUCGUUUGGAUCACUCCGAGUUGCAGAACUCGACUGGGGAAACGAAGAUCAUAUAAGGGCCGUUGAGCCGCCCUUUGACUAUGUCAUCGGUACUGAUGUUGUAUAUUCUGAGCAGCUUUUGGAACCUCUAUUGCGUACAAUACUUGCGUUAUCAGGGCCAAAGACAACAGUUAUGUUGGGAUAUGAGAUACGUUCCACUGUUGUUCAUGAUAAAAUGCUUCAGAUGUGGAAAGACAACUUCGAAGUCAAAACCAUACCUAGAUCUAAGAUGGAUGUUGAAUACCAAGACCCGAGCAUUCAUCUGUACAUCAUGGCACAAAAGUCUCCUGCCGGGAGUUCUGGAAACGUGACUCGGGAUGAAGCUGUGGUUGACACAGACAAAACAAAGAGCGAGAUGAAAGUCCUAGCCGGAGAAUGCCAUGAUUUACCAAACCAGUUGGAAGAGGAAGCCGUUGCAACACAUCAUCCCCGUCUUAAGGAAGAUAGUUUGCUGAUGAGACUACGGGACGGAAAGCUAAGUGAAUGGGAGAUGAGAAGGUAUGGUACAGUUGCUGCACAGCUUCUCCGUGAUGUUAAGAUAGAUGUUCAGGUGAAAAAAUGACUUUGCAUAAGGACUUUCAGAGCCAUGUUCGUCAAGACCUCACCAUUGUGAUUUUUACUUUUUGGUAUCAUGGACAAUGUAUACAUUGAAGGAGUCCUGUAGACCUUUCUUUCACUGAUUUAGCUGUUUGUGCUUCUGUGAUGUGCUUCAUACUGAAACUCCUUAUAAAAUCGCAGAUAUAUAUCCAGUUUGAAGUAAUAGUUCGUUAA